UGUCAAAUAAUCAUCACUUGCAAAAAAUACAUGCGCAAGUCAAAAAAUAUGGUACACUUAAAUAAGUUUUUGCAUAGUGUUUGGACAAUGUAAUAUAUAUAUAAUAUAUGAUUUUCAUAGUUUAUGGGAUUGUUAAGACAUGACAGAUUAUAGACAUUAGAUUAUAUACAGUGUGCUAGAUUUUUAAGAUAAUAAGUGUAUGGAAAUUAAAUUAUAUAAAAGUGUAUCGGAUUUUUAAAAUAUACUAUAUACACUGUAUAUAUAUACAGUGCUGUGAAUUCUUGUUUACUGUGACUUUCAGUGUUUUGGUGUUGACAUUUUUAUUGAAAUACAUGGUCUUUUGGAAUACUUAGUGUUUGGAUAUUAUUUGCAGUUACAAAAGUACAAAGUCAGCAUGAAAUCUACACCUGUGAUAAUCACUUUUGUUUCCAUGGUAACAACCUGGUAUCCAGUAGCAACUGAAACACUACCACCAAUAAAUGAAAAAAAUUUAGAUCCUGAUGCAGCACACGUUUGUCAAGUCACAGAAAAAGAAGCCUACACAGAGAGAGUUUCAUACAAACAAUACUUCACAGAGACGACUAAUACCUGGUGUUGGGCUGUCCCGCCUAGAUGUACAGAAUACAGACUUGCAGCAAGAACAGCAUAUAAAGAAGAAGUCCGUUACAGAGAUCGUAAACGUUAUUAUUGCUGUGAAGGCUAUAAGUCACAGCUGGGAAAUAAUUACUGUAUUCCUCACUGUGAUAACGACUGCUAUGCCCAGUUGUCGCAGGGUUAUUGUGUGACCCCUGGAAAAUGCAAAUGUAACCCAGGGUUCAAAGGUCAAAACUGUGAAUCUGGUUGUGCCAGUAAUCAGUGGGGACCAGAUUGUUCAAAUACAUGUCAGUGCGGAACACAUGGAUCAUGUGACCCAACAAAUGGCAACUGUGUUUGUCACAUUGGUUGGACUGGCAAUGAUUGCUCUCAGAAGUGUUACAACAGUUUUGGUUUACACUGUGUACAUCCGUGCGUGUGUGAAAAUGGCGCAACAUGUGAUAAUGUGAAUGGGAAAUGUACAUGUAAGACAGGCUUUUAUGGAGCUUAUUGUCAUAAGAAAUGUGACCCUUCAAGUACAGGAGAAGAGGGCUGCGAGCAGACUUGUCCCUGCCAGAAUGAUGGGGUGUGUGAUGCUCAAACAGGGGCUUGUACUUGUAAGCCAGGAUUCAAGGGGGAAUUCUGCACACAGCGCUGUGAUAGAUUUCAUUGGGGAGUUAAUUGCACAAAUAGAUGCAAUUGUAACUUCGGAACGUGUAAUAAAAAAGAUGGUGAAUGUUACUGUGAUCUUGGAUAUGCAGGAGACAGUUGUCAGAUCAAGUGUCCAGAAGGAUUUUAUGGUGUUGGUUGUCUGACCCAGUGUGGUUGCAAAAAUGGCGGGAAAUGUUACCGUGAUCAAAUUACUCAGUUGACCAUGUGUGAUUGUGCGGGCACAGGUUUCCAUGGAGACACAUGUUCAGCUAGAGAUUGCGUUGAAGAAAAGUACCUGGUUCCCGGCACUACUGACACGUGCCAGAAUUGCACUUGUGACUGGAAUAAUGCAUACAGUUGUCAUCCAUGGACUGGUGCCUGUUCCUGUGAGCCUGGAUAUACUGGGAACCAGUGUAAGGAGAAAUGCAAGAUGCCGUUUUAUGGCCAGGAUUGUUCAGAAGUUUGUUCUUGUGCUAACGGCGAUUGUGAUCAUGUGACUGGAAAAUGUACAACUUGCUAUCCAGGAUAUAUAGGUGAGAAAUGUGACACUCCAUGUCCAGAUGGUUUCUGGGGUGUGGACUGCCUUAACGAGUGCCGUUGUCAACAUGGUACCUGUCAUGUUAAAACUGGUUACUGCGAGUGCUUGCCUGGAUUCUUCGGACAGUUCUGUGAACGUGGCUGUCCAGUUGAUAAAUAUGGUCCUGGUUGUAAACUGGAUUGUAACUGUGACAAGAAGAGAUCAACAUGUAGUCCACACACAGGGCAGUGUCUGUGUAAUCCAGGAUAUACUGGGCCUGGUUGCCAGGAUACAUGUGCCCCUGGGAAGUAUGGGUAUUUUUGUAGCCAGACAUGUCACUGUUCCCCUGAAGGAACAUCAUCGUGUGACCCUGUAAAUGGAUACUGCCAUUGUAAAGGGGGCUGGUCAGGUAAGAUGUGCGACAUUAUAUGCGCUGAAAAUAACUGGGGUCCAAACUGCAUACAGACAUGUAACUGCAAUGACAACGGAAUGUGUCAUGGUGAAUCAGGGUCCUGCGUCUGCUUUGAUGGUUACCAAGGCGACAGUUGUGAAAGAGAUAAUAACGGGAUCGUUGUCUCGGCACAGCAGAACGGAGGUGACACUAGUAGCGCCACCGCAAGCACAACACCUUUGAUCAUCGCUGUAGUCAUCCCGUGUGUAAUUCUGCUGGUCAUUAUUGCGCUGAUUGUGGCGUACUAUAUGAGAAAGGUUCGACGAUUAAAAGACGAAAAUAUAAGAGUGCGGUACGAAGCGAAUGGUACUUUACCAGGAGAAACUACAAUUCCAAAUGGAAACGCAGGAACCCAUAUAGGAGUGAUCAACCCGACAUACGAUGAUGACAAUGCACGUAAUGAACGUAGGUACCCACAUCUUAGUCAACGAGCGUCAGCUGCCCCACCUCCACUCCCACAUCGUCAACAGUCAUGUGACACAUGUGAUGAUAUUGACGUGGAAAAAUUACGAGUCACGUUGGAUGAUAGAAGAAGUCGGCCGGUAUCCUCGCAGUAUGCCGACAUUGAUGACGUGGAAGAUCGUUACACCACAUUAAAAUCCGUUUCUGGAGCUACAAAUACUUUUGCAAAAGAAACUGGAACUUUUCAAUUUAACCCUGAAAAAGGUGAUAUUGAAGGUGCGAGUCAUUUGUCAAGGUCAUCUUCAAGGUCAUCUGAAGUUAGUGGGGGAUUUACUAACAAAGGCUAUGUUGACAUGGAGGCAUCAUCACGUUUGAAUUCUUCAAAUCCUUCAGUUGGAGCUUUUUCUCAGCCUUUAUAUGACAAUAAAGAACAUUCUGCAGACGGACUAGUUCUGGAUCAGCCAGAUGCUUUGUCUUCCAUAGCUUCUGGUGAUAGUGAUCAUGCUCCUACUGGAAAUUUGGUGCAUCAAGCUUCCAAAGAAUAUGAUUUUCCUAAAUCUACAAGCAUCACAUCGAACCAGACUUCUGCUCCAGACAUCACUAUGUCACAGCCCUAUAUUAAUUCCACGCUUCAUCUUCAAGAGGGACAAACAGACACAAAUAUACAACGAGAAAAUCCAUAUGACACACCGAGUAAUUCUUUACCCGUCGGUAAUAAAAAUACAAACCAAACAGGUCUACUUACCCCACCACAUAAUGGUUACAUUACUCCAAAAAAUGAUGUUAACAUGUCUGCUGAAGUUUCAAAUGCAUAAUUUUGGAAACACUUCUUAUUGGCUAUAGUUUUCAUUAUGGCAUAUUAUAAUAGACUAGACUGCCUUCAAAUGACUCUUUAAAAAAAUUGCAGUUUUUUUCUUAUGUAAAAAUAAAGUACUCACAAAACCUCUAACAAGGGUUGAAUGCUAUAAAUUCGGUAAUAAACAUUUAUCUUUCAGUCUUUUUUUUAUUUUUUUAAACAAACAAGUAGAUUUUAUGCAUUCAUUAAUGUUCCAGGAUCUUACUAACAUGACUUAAAUGGAGAAUAGAGAGAGUAACUUUCAAUGCAUGGUAUUUAUCAUAUUAAACUUGAAAGAAAAACUACUGAUUUUAAAGUGCUAUAUAAUUGUUAUGUAGUUUACUUGGUUUCACAUGAAAUGUGAAUUAUUUACAUUCUGCCCAAAAUAUUUUGAAGAGUUUAAUAAAACUAUGCCAUUUUUCUAUUUUCCAGAGUAUUCAUUACAAACAAACUAUUUUAUUGAGAAAAAACAAUCCCUGUUUAUUUCAUUAAAAUUUCGAAAGUCUUGAAUUCUUCUCCCCACCAAAGUGGCUGUUUCUGACAGACACUGGAAAUUUUUGUCAAGCAAGUUAAAGGACUUUUACAGAACAGUAAUCAAAUUGUUACCUGCUAAAUAUUUUUGGCUAAUCAAUUGCAGUGUAUGUAAAUUGUUACCGGUUAUUUUUGAUGGUACAGAUCAAUUAGGAGAAUUUGCCACUUGAGCAGAUGGAUAUAAACAUGUUUUUCAUUUGACCUGAGAGAACUAAUUAUAUACCAUUAUAAUAGUAAAGAGAAUUUAUAUGAACUAAUCACCACCAGAAUACAAUAGACCAAUAACGGCAGAUUGCCUGGCAGCUCCUACGAGCGUGCAUAUUUUAGAGCAAGUCCACUAACCCAAUAAGAAUAGCUUUGAUACUGCUUUAUAUACACACCCGAAUUGUACAAAUAUAUUCCUACGGGUUCAAGAUUUGCAUAUAUACUCAGAUCUCUGUUAUCAUGUCUCUCAAAACAAUAGUGACAUUUUAGUCAUUUUUACUGAUUAGGACCAGGAAAGCUAUAGUUUUGCUCUCUGAAAGAGGAUCUCGAGCAGAUAUAUGUGUAGUAUUAUACCAGGUUUAUUACUGAUCAAGAUCAAGAACAGAUUAACAUGGUAGACAUAUUCACCGUAUUAAAUAUCAAAAUAAUAAACAUGUUUAUAUACAUCAGCUGGACUGACAUGUUAUCCUAAAUGGUUAGUACACAAGGAUAUGAUAGAUAUUGUUACAGUGUGUAUGUAUUUUGUUAUUUGUGUAAAUAGAAUUAAGUUGUUGUGUAUUAUAUAAAAUAUUGACAGUGGUCCCUUAUUUUCAGUCCCGAAAUAUGUGAAAUAAAGUCUAAAGUUAAAAUAUAAAGGGUGUAACUAAAGUUUCAUCCAGUCGGAAAAGUAAAUCAGUAUAGCAAAAACAUCUCAAGUAAAUGUAUAAGUUUUGUACAAUACAAAUUCAGCUACUUUUUCUAGAUUUAUUGCAGUGUAUUUGUGCUGUUAAGAAUGGAUCGCUCUGUUGUAUAUAUUUUUUUUCAGAUUUUUAUGUUGUGUGUUUUAAUAAAAUCAUAUUAUUUUUUCUUACUGAUACAACGAAAGAGAAACUAUGUACAUGUAUUAAUCUAUAUAAUCAGAGGCCCUGGAGGCUUGUAUAAUUUGUUUUGCUCUGUGAUACUUUAAAAAUCUUGUUCAUUUAUUCAUUCCUUUGUAAAUAGUUUAUUUAUCCUUUCAUUACAUAUUAAUGACAAUUAAAGAAAUGAUGUGUUUUAUUUCAAAUUAUCGCAUUUUCAGCAAGAAUGGAUGCACUCCAGGUGAAAAUAAUUUAGUCAUAUUUUCAUAAUUUUUUCCAGACACAAUCUGUAUUGUUAAAUUAACAAAUGAGACAUUUGAUUGGUUUGUCAUCUAAUUUAUCUCGUUUCAGAGUUCAGAUUUGAACAUUGAACAGUGUAAAUUAGGCGAUAAACCACAAAAAGGCCUAGAUUGUUUUCAUUCUGCAACUAAAUAUUGCAAAUAAUUUCUCUGGUAAGUGUCCUGCGUAUGGGAACUUUACGCCUGGCAUGCUAAAGAACCAGGGAAGCUUCUGGAAUUUAGUGUGUCCUGUAUCUUGCACCUCUAACAAAAUUUACCAACAUUUUUCUGGGGGAGUUUCCCAUAUGGGUUUCCGGCGGUGACUAUAAAUUAAGUACUAGAUAGGCAAAAGCACAGAUAGCGUUUUUAGGAAAUCUGGUAGCUAAAGUAACUCCUUUAUGUUUAAAAAGUAAAAUAUUUCUUAGGAAUUUAGUGCGAAAAAGUUUUUAGGAACCAUUUUGUCAAUGAAAGGAUUAUUUUUUGUAUAGUUAAAAAUUGAACAUGGAAUUCAACUUCCAUGACCAUAUCUUUACCAAGUAGUGCUAGUUUACAUUUUUCAUUGUUGCUUGUAUCAUUGUGGAAUGUUAACAUCUGUUUACAGCAUGUACAUAAUAAUGAGCCGUGCCAUGAGAAAAUCAACAUAGUGGGUGUGCGACCAGCAUGCGCAUCCGUGCAGUCUGCCGGGCAGUAUGGUCAGGAUCCAUGCUGUCGCUAAUGGUUUCUCUAAUUGCAGUAGGCUUUAAAAGCGAACAGCAUGGAUCCUAUCCAGGCUGCGCAGAUGUGCAGGCUGGUCUGGAUCCAUGCUGGUUGCACACCCAGUAUGUUGGUUUUCUCAUGGCAUGGCUCAUAUUUUAUUUGUUAAAGAUGUUUGAGAUUUGUAUAUAAAAUCGAGUAUAACCUAUUGUCAUUAUUUAAAUUAGGGCUUUCAUUUUCAUACAUAUCGAUAUCAUACAUGCAUAUCAAUUUAUAUUCAAUUUACUCUCGUUUAUACACAUACCGUGUUCAUAAAUAGGGUUAUGUACAGGCAGAAAAUUUAACAGUUUCAUUUUUUUGUGUAUAAUGUUCUAUUUUUAUAUGAAUACUUUUUCCCCCACCCUUUAAAGAAAAUUCAGGUAAAUAUUUUGUAUUAUAUUUUUUGUCACAUUAUUGUUUCAAGUAGAAUCGUGCUAAGUAAACGGUUUUUCGGCAAAAUGUGAGAAACCGUUCAGUAAAACAUCUGACCUGUCGAAAUCUAAAAAGCGAAUUGUUAUAGCACAUCAGUAAAAUACUGACUUAAGGCUGACCUGGGUUAGGUCUAUAAAAUUAUAAAAUCAUGAAAACACUUCAUGCUUACCAAUUAAGUGUUCUCUUUUGGGAUAUUCUAUUUUUCCUGCCAGGAACUGCCAUUUAUUUUUUCACCUAGAAUCUCCCUUUUAAUUUCUUUAACUAGGAUAUUUUACAAUUAAUUUUUCAACCACAAUAUCAGUUCUAUUUCUUUUCAACCAGAAUCCUACAAUUAAUUUUUUUUCAACCAGGAUAUUCCAUUUAUUUUUUUUAUCAAACAGAAUCUCAAUUCUAUUCCCCCAUCAGAUUCCCCCAUUUAAGUUAUUUCACACCAGAAUCUCCCCUUUAUUUCCCACCUGAAAAUCUCCCAUUUAUUUCCCAACAGAAUCUCCCAUUUAAUUACUUUCUCAUCAGAACCUCUUUAUAAUUCUUUUUUUUUACAACCAGAAUCUCCCUCAACCAGAAAACAUGAUAUAAGCAUUAAUAAUAUUGGUGUAAUUUUUACAUUCCUAGAGGGAAAUAAUGCCCAUUUGAUCCUCGGUCUGCAUGCAGAUGCACUAAAAGCGGAAAACUUAAGAUCUACUAUUAAGGACUUAUUAAAGAACUUUUUCAACUACACCAGUGAAGCAUUUUUUUGAUUGAAUUACUAGCUACUGUAUAAUCAAUGUCUGCAAGGGUCGGUAAUCGAGGCAAACCAACAAGACUUCAUGCAGUCAGUCUGUAUAUGAGCCGCCCCAUGAGAAAACCAGCAUAGUGGGUUUGCGACCAGCAUGGAUCCAGACCAGCCUGCGCAUCCGCGCAGUCUGGUCAGGCUCCAUGCUGUUCGCUUUUAAAGCCUACUAGAAUUGGAGAAACUGUUAGCGAACAGCAUGGAUCCUGACCAGACUGUUGGUUUUCUCAUGGCACGGCUCAUAUGUAUUUGGUUAUCAUACCUCUUCUGUGUUAAGCUCUUAUUUCUGUAGAACCUAAUUUAUAAGAAAUGAAAAUAGUAUUGUUAAUGUAAAGGAAUGAGAGUAGGUAACUACUAUGCAUUACUUAGUUAAGAUUAAAAUGUACAAACUGA